AACCACGGAAGUAGAAGAAAAAAAAGAGAAGAGGUAGAGGAGGUCUUGUUGCAGCUUUCUUUUAUACAGUCUAUGGUUGCAGCGCUACAGCUGUCGAUGAAAAGGCCGAAUGGCCGGCAGCAGGCUAGAGAGGUUCGGAACCGUGUUUACCCGGGUUCGAGAUCUGAUGCGCUCUGGGGUCGUGAAGCCAACAGAGAAACCUGUCUGGUAUGAUGUAUAUGCGGCUUUUCCACCAAAGAGGGACCAACUUCACUUGAAGCCACACAUCAGACCCUGGACGAAACAGGAGACUGUGCCUGAAAUCUUCUAUAGGGAGGAUGGAGUUAGAGCGAAGUUCUAUGAACAGUAUGGGACGGGUCCUCGGCCUAUUGAUCUUUCCAAAUCAAACUUUGUUUCUGCGUGUCAAAGGUUUGUAGACAAGUACACAGAAUUACAGAGCAACAGUGAGCUGGGGGAGACUGCUCUGUUUGAGGAGACUGGGAAGGCUUUACUCACAGAUGGAAUCGUGCUGAGAAGGAGAGGAAUUCCUCCUGUUUCAGCAGAGAACAGGGAUCCAGUGCUCGAGCUGAAGCUAACAGACAUGUUGGCAGAGCAGCAGUCGGUCGGUGCUAACAACGAGGAGACAAUGGAGCACACCACGCACAAACUAUAGACCUCAGCAACUCAAGGAUCAUUUAAUGAGCUGCAGAUUCUCCAUCAUAUAUGCUGUUGGACUUUUAGUAACUAGUUCUGUUUUUGUUCCUCCUGUGGAAGUGAUGGUCAUCUAUACAAAACUGCUUUAUUUUAACCACCAAUUCAUGACAGGGAUCGUAACCAAUUUCUGGAACUGGUCUGUGAACUGUUGCGUGCCAACUUCAUGUUUUCUAGGCUAAUGUCAUUUCGAUGUAAAUUUCCACAGUGUGCUGCACCACCAGGAGGAUGUUGUCAUUAAAGGAUCAAAAGAGCUACAACCCAGUCUACAUUGCUGUUGAGAAUGGCCCUAAACAAAAACUGGAAAUAGUUAAUGCACAUACAGUAUAUGGAAGUGUGUAUAUGUGUGAGGAAAUUAAAUGUGUUUUCAGUUACUUGUA